CAGACUAUAUACGCCCUUCACAAUCAAGCUUCCUUUUGAUUAUUUCUGUUGUCUUGCCCUUUGACUCCUAUUACUUCUUCGACAAAAUCUUUAUAAUGCUCCGACUGGACGGCAAAGUGGCCCUAAUCACCGGGCUGGGCCAAACCAGCGACGAAGGCUGGGGCAUCGGGGCCGCCAUCGCCGCCAAACUGGCCCAACAAGGCGCCAUCAUCUACGGCGGAAACCGCUCGUUGGCAUCCGCCCAGCGCACCAAAGCCCGCAUUGAAGACGCAGGCGGCGUCUGCGACGUUCAGGAAACCAACGUCACUGACUCGACCUCCGUGAAAGCCCUGGUGGAUGCCUGCAUGCAGAAACACGGUCGCAUCGACAUCCUCGUUAACAACGUCGGCAAAUCCGAGCCCGGAUGUCCUGCUACCAUGGCGGAAGACGUCUGGGACGCACAGGUCGAUCUGAACCUCAAGAGUAUCUAUUUGACCUGUCAUCACGUUCUGCCGAUCAUGGAAAAGCAAGCCACUGGAGGCUCGAUCGUCAAUGUGUCGAGCAUUGCGGGGUUACGGUUCAUCGGCAAGCCGCAGGUCGCGUACUCGGCUACCAAGGCGGCAAUCAUGCAAUUCACAAAAGCAACGGCCAUCAUUUAUGCGGACAAGAAUGUGCGGCUGAAUACAGUCGUUCCCGGGUUGAUUUACACUCCCUAUACGCAGCAGCUGGCUAAGAGAUAUGCGCCGGGCGGCGAUGAGGAGGAAUAUAUGCGGAAGCGGGAUGCGCAGGUACCCAUGGGUUGCAUGGGCGAUGCUUGGGAUGUGGCUAAUGCAGCAGUGUUUCUGGCGUCGGAUGAGGCAACGUAUAUCACGGGGCAGGAAUUGGUGGUGGACGGGGGAAUUACAUCCUCUACCGGCAGAGUGUAA